AAGAUCAUGCCUCCGACAUUGCUUGAUCUCCUCUCAACGACCCUUGAAAUAUCUUCCUCAAAGCCCCGUCCGCGUACCCCGAUUCUGCAUUAUCUACUUACACGAUAUCUGCCACCUCCAGAUAUCUUGCGUGUCCUCCAAACGACUGACGUUCUUCACUCAGAGCGCCGCCACUGCCCUUCUGGGGAGCUGUGGUGGACCCUGGCCAUCCUAACCGAUACUGGGCAUCCGCCAAAUCGCGGUAUGCGACCUGUUGAGCGCCGACGAGACUGGAAGAGAGUAUGUUUCCAGCGAUAUAAAGACGACAUGGCACGCCGCGACAGGCCUGUUCCUGUAAUGUCGUCAACAGCGAAAGAUGCAUAUGUUUCCGAAAUAAUGGAGGCAUCGUACACCCCGCGAGCGAGAGGGAAACUGACUGCCGAGGAAAAGCAGGAAGCUAGGGCAUGGUAUAAAGAUCUGCGAAAUAAGAAAGUUCGAGGGAAAGGGCCUGAGAAGGACCCAAGGGAAUUCUUUACGGUAUAAAAAAUCACCAGCUAUUUUCACCGUAUUCAGGAGAUUGCCGUGCGUAGCUUAUAUGUGAUGACUUACUGGCGGCAACUGGGGCCAUACCGGCCUUGUACGCUCGUCGGGCCUGGUACGGCCCCCAGGUCCCUAGUACUUGUCUAGCUAGUUGCAUGAGAGCAGAGCGCAUCUAAUGUGUCUUUCCGGCGAACACAGGCUCCUGGAGAUAUGGUUGACGCGAGCCGCUGAAAAGGAUCCUUAAUGUGGGGGAAAGCGUUCGGGAGCGUGACGCUGAGGUCGCGAUGACCGACCGACAUGUAUACAGCGCGAACACAUACGAAUUUGUGUAUCUGGGAGCUCUGUUCCGCUCAAUACAACCCCGUCGCUCGUGAUGCUCAAUAUUGAGAUGUUGAUAUCAAUCUGCAAUUCAGAUGAAAGGGAGCAUAGAUCAUCCACUCGGUCCAUGUAGACAAAUCCGUUUGUUGCCUGCAAUGCACGUCCUGCGAGUGACGAAGCACCUCUGCUAGGUAAAUCCAAAGACGACCAAUCUUUUUCAUGUCAAACGAGUUUUCUAGUACAAUAGACAUCAUCAAACAGAUAUUAUUUCACAUCAACCAAGUUAUUUAAAAAUAAAACACGGCAUAACGCGAAACCAAAGGUGUCUUUCGACCGUACUUAAGGAAAAAACAUAUAUCCCUUGCUUUAUUUACAGUGUAUACAAAACUUGCACUUGGCACGUAUUUACAGCAAAACAUUCAUACAUCCAAUAGAUGUACUUGUA